UGGUGUGACCAGGAAGCAAAUAGCACGUUAGCUCGUUUGCUAUUUGUGUUUACCGGAAUCCGCUACGUAAAUUCAACAACCGGUUAUUUGGUUGCUCGGUAUUAAUCGCAGUUAAUAUAAAGUAUAGUGUUUGAAGUCGUGGCUAACUUCCGGCUGCCGGAGUAUUUGUUUGAUAUGAUGCUAGUUAGCUAAGCUAUAGUAGCUAAGGAACAAGGUGCAGCAUGAAAGCCAUGAUAAUGAGGCAGUGUGUUCUUUAUGGACACAGAGGAUCAUGUCUCUGAUCCUGUUCGCCUUCGUGGUUCGGGUCAGGGAUGGACUCCCCCUGUCAGCCUCCACAGACUUUGAACACAACCAAGAGCUCCAGGAGCGGAAGCAGCAGCUCAGGACCAUCAGCAAAGUGCUGGGACGCUUCCCUGACAGAGGCUGCGUCAAGGGCCAGGAGCUUAACAUAUUCUUCAUCUCUUCAGAGGGUGUAUCCUACAUGACUGUGUGCCACUGCAGCCUCCCUGUUGCUAAGGCCUUCUGCUUCCUGGAAGAUCUGCGUUGGGAGUUCACAGCAUGUUUCAGUAGCACCGUUGUUACCUUGGCAGCCAGGCCAUAUCCAUUUUUGGAAUUUGAUGGCACCAUUCAGAAGCUGAAGCAGCAGUACAACCAGAGUGGUGGUCCGGCCCUCGAGGUGACGCUGGCAGAAGUCCAGGAGGAUCUGAGGAUCCAUCCACUACAAGUAAUUAACUUGGAUGAGGUGGAGCUCACCAACGGCAUCGCAAAUGGGCAUAUGGAGCAAGGUCCUGGAUCUGGUCCGAAUGUGAGACUUCAACCAGUGACGGCGCCGGGAAUCCUUUCUCUGGUUCUGAACAUUGUGUGUGCGUCGUUGAACGUAAUUCGUGGUGUGCACCUCAUAGAGAACACGUUCCAGGAUGACUACGAAGGUAUAUGGAAUGUUGUGGCAUUUCUUCUGGCUUUUGUCUGCUGUGUGUCCCAGUGCCACCUCUACCUGUUCCAUUCAUCCCUGAAGAAGCUGAUGUCCUUCACUCUGUUGAGCGUGGUCAUCCUAUGCAACUUGUACCUUUUCGGCCUGAGGAACAUAUGGCAAAUGAUCUUUCACAUUUCAGUGGCCUCGCUCUCCACCGUCCUCACCCUCCGCCGCAAAGUCCAGGACAGAACCAAUGACUGUGGGGUGUGAGGAGCUCAGCAUACUUAACAGUGUUGCACCGCACCCAGCACAGGUGAGAAUAACAUGGAAGACAAUGUGUUGAUCCAUACGAGUUAUGGUGAUGCCCUGCCCUUUAACAAAAACAUUCACAAACUCUGUGUCAUCAUAGACAAUGACUUGUGUACUUGCACUUUGUGUGAACUGUUUUCCUAGACUGCACCAACCAUACACUGUUUGCAGUUUUGUUUUUCUGGAUUCUUACAAAUAUCUGUUUAACCUUAAACUAAAUCUGUAAAAUGAAGGAAGAAGGAGAUGAAAAUGUUGAUCAAUCUCCGUCACACCCGUCUUGUUCUAAGUGUUUGUGAAGGGGCGGCAGGUGUUAGCUUUUUUUAAGAUGUUGACCAAAGUUUUCUCAUAGAAACUACAGUGUUGUUGAAGCUGGUUAUACUUGGGAUUUUAAAAUGAAGCACUCAGUAUUAUUUCUGCAACCGCAGGUCAUUGAUUAUCUUUGCAGUAAUCAGUUUACAAUGCUCGGUGGUGGUUCUUGAUUGUAACAGUCAUUUCAUUUAGUUGUACUUGAAUAAUGGGCAAUUGGAAAGAUAAUUAAAUACUCCAUUGGGUUUUGGUUGCAGGGAGAUAUUUAACUAUCAACCUAGUUUGAUAAAAAUGAGAGAAUCUAUGUAAAGUAAACGCAGCUGCUUUAUUUGUUUUUAAUUAUUUGCUCAAUCAGCCACAAAAUGGCCCAAAUUAGAAGAGGUAAUUGUUAAACUAUAGGUUGUUUCUGCCUUAUAAUGUGUGAUGAUGCGAAUAUAAUUGAUUGUUUCCAUUUAUUUAAUUUCAUCAUCUGAUAAAGAGAUGCACCGGCAAGUGCUCAGCAGGCUCAAAUUUAAGGGCUCCAUUCAUAACGACUUCACAGAAAAGACAUCAGUACUGAGACAUAUCUUUUACUCACAAUCUGCAUUCAACACAGCUUUUGUUUGAUUUUAUCACAUAAUCUCCAAUUUAAACAUUUUUAUACAGAAAAAGCAAAUAUAAGUGUUUUACUCAUUCAUCUUAUUCUACUGAUCCCUACAUUGUUAAAAUGUAAACUGUGGGUAAAAUAUAGAAAGCACUGAUAAGAAGGGUAAUUAUUUGAAAAUGUCGGAAAAAAAAUAUAUGUCUGCACUAUUUGGUUCCUUUUUUGUGUCAUUAUUGAAUAUAUUCCAUAUUGGGUUUAGCUUAAUGAUAUGUAAUACCUGAUUCCAGUUUAUUUGAUUGAGUUUUUUUGUGUUUGCUCCUUAAUUGUUAUAAACAUAGAAAUCGUAUGAUUCCACUUUUAUAUUUCAACAUACAUCAUUGUAGCGCUGCUUAAUAAGUGCAAGUCUCCUUGAGGGUAAUUGUGUGUAUUUAUCUUCUUAGUAAAUCAGUUUUUAAUUGCUGAAAUGCUGCACUGGUGGCAGUUAGGCAAAGGGAAUUCAAGUAUUAGUUGAUAGUGAUAGUUUUGUGGCUGCUGUAGAACUUUAGAAGCUUUGCCUUUUAUUGAUUGUUCUCUCAUUUAAUCAGGACAGUGAGACGGACAACAAACAUUUUAAGAGCAUUUAGAGCAGGGAAUUCCCUUUUUAAAAUGCCAGUUGUGAACAGACAAACUUAGUGCCCUUGUGAUGGGAUCUUCUUUAGCGGAUGUUAAUACCAGGCCUUUAUCUCGUCCCGCAAGCCAAACGUCCUUUACCAUUAAGUACAAGUUGUUCAGAAAAGCAAGUAUUGCUUGUAGUUUAGUCCAGAACUAUGGUUUUCUUUGACUGGGUGGACAUAAACUUUGUGAUUGCUGAUUUUAAAAUGUUUUAAACACAGUAAACAAGUCAAAGUAUGUUUGAUGCUGCAUGUUUUUUUCUGUGACGUAAUACUUUUGAUACAAACUCACCAUUUCCACUCAGAUUAGUGCAUAUUUACACCAUUUUAAUUCCACUGGUGACCGAAUGUAAUGUAAGAAUUAAGUGUUUCUAAGAUCCACGAAGAACCAAAUGAUGUGGAGGAUAUUUUAAUACUCAAAAAGAGCAUUAAGGAUACCAAUGUUUAAUAUGUGGGUAUUUAAACAUACAGUAUAAAUGUAUUGUUCAGGUGAAACAUGUGGCAGCCAUCUUUUAUUUAUUAUCAUCAAAAGACUUGACAGAAAACAGUUUGUAAAUUUGAUUAUCAAUAAAGUUCAGAGGUGAAAGCUGAAGGACGGUGUGUCAGGCUCCAGGACAUUUUGUCUUGUUCAAUACAAAACCCUGAAACGUGAUUUUUAUAUUUAAUGAGACACACAAGGUUGAUGCAGCUGUGUUUGUGUCUGCAGCCUGUUUAUAAUGAUGAGAAGUUACAGGGAUAUUGUCAUUUAUUGUAUCUGCCAAAUACACUGCUGUUUACGGGGCUUUGUUUUUUUCCUGCAAUGGUAAAACUGACAUUUCAUUAAUAAACAGUGUCUUUUUUUCCA